AUAGCUCUGUAUGAUUGUUUUGAAAUUACAUAUUUAAUGUAAUAUGCUAAUUUACUUCCUGUCAUUCUUUCAGGUCAGCCAAAAAUUUUUUGAAAAAUUUGGCUUUCCAUCAGUGAUUGGUGCACUAGACUGCACGUUGAUAAGAAUUAAAAGCCCAGGAGGAAAACGAGCUGAAACUUAUAGAAGUAGGAGAGGGAAGUUUUCCUUGAAUGUCCAAACUGUCAGCGAUGCAGACCUGUUAAUAAGGAACCUUGUAGUGCGAUGGCCUGGCAGUACACAUGACAGUACGAUAUUCGACCAUUCUUAUUUGCGCGCACAUCUCGAAACUGAAGUCCCUAACAGAUACCAUGUGUUAGGUGAUCUUGGUUAUCCGCUUCGUUCAUACCUGAUGACUCCAUUUUCAGCUCCAGCUACUGAUAGCGAGAAAAGGAUCUUUCCAACUGUUUGGUGUAACACAUCAGGAUUUAAUUCGCUUCAUAGCAAAGCUCCCAUACAUCUUUUCCAUGUCAUAUUGUUUUUUUUUUUCAUGUUACAUGGAAUUCAGACAAUUUAUGCGGAUAAAGUAAUGUGCCAAAAAUACCCUCUUCUUGCUGUCAAGAUUAAUAUCGCCCUUGUAAGGAUGUUUAAGUACAUAGCUUUGUUUUAUGUUUUAAAUUUUAUAUUGUUUUACUUCUUUAGGUACAACGAAGCACAGAUUUUGGCCAGAAAUGUUGUGGAGAGGCAAUAUGGUGUUUGGAAGAAAAGAUGUGCAUGUAUUGCGGAAUCAAUGCGAUGUCAGUUACAGAAUUCUCAAACAAUUAUUGUUGCCACAGCGGUGUUGCAUAAUAUUGCAAUCAUACUAGGUGACAGUUAUGAUGAAGGUAAUUUCACACCUGGUGUUCAGGAUGGACCUGUAAAUCAUAAUACACAUCAUGCAGGCAUGGCCAAGCGUAAUGCAAUAGUUGCAAAUUAUUUUGUAAAUAUUUAG